AUGUUUAGCAACGUCGUGAGCCGGCUCGGGAGCCUGGGCCUCGACAAGAACAAGGACCAAGGUUUGCAUGCUGCCAUUCACCCUAGCUACCAGCCCAACUACAAGCCCACCAACGAAGCGAGCUUCCAGUCGAACUACCAGCAGCCCAGCAACCAAGCAAGCCACCAGGCAGGCUACCAGCAGUCAGGCUACCAGCAAUCUGGGUACCAGCAGACAGGUAGUCAGCAGUCUGGUUUCCAGCAGCCAGGAUACCAGCAGUCUGGCCACCAGACAUCUGGGUUCCAGCAGCCAAGUCCCCAACAGCCAGAUAACCAACAGUACCAUCAGCCAAGUGCCCAGCAGUCGGGAUACCACCAGUCUGAUUACCAGCAAUCCGGGUAUCAGCAGCCAAGUGCCCAGCAGACAGGAUACCAAAAUCCAAGUUCUCAGCAGCAAGGUAACCAGCAGUCUGGGUACCAGCAGUCAGAAAAUAAACAGUCAGAUUACCGGCAGCCAGGUAUCCAGCAAUCUGGGUACCAGCAAUCGGGGCAUCAGCAGCCAAGUUUCCAGCAGCCAGCAUACCAACAAGCUGGUUACCAGCAGACAGAAAACAAGCAGUCAGAUUACCAGCAGCCAGGCAACCAGCAAUCGGGGUACCAGCAAUCGGGGUACCAGCAGCCAAAUUCCCAGCAGUCUGGUCACCAGCAGACAGAAAAUAAGCAGUCGGAUUACCAGCAGCCAGGUAACCAGCAGUCUGGGCACCAGCAAUCAGGGUACCAGCAAUCUGGGUACCAGCAAUCUGGGUACCAGCAAUCUGGCUAUCAGCAGCCAAGUUCCCAGCAGCCAGCAUACCAACAAUCUGGUUACCAGCAGACAGAAAAUAAGCAUUCAGAUUACCAGCAGCUAGGUAACCAGCAAUCGGGGUACCAGCAGCCAAGUUCUCAGCAGUCUGGUCACCAGCAGACAGAAAAUAAGCAGUCAGACUACCAGCAGCCAGGUAACCAGCAGCCAGGAUACCAGCAGCCAGGAUACCAGCAGCCAGGAUACCAGCAGUCUGGGCAGCAUCAAUCUGGCUAUCAGCAGCAAUCUGGCUAUCAGCAGCCAAGUUCCCAACAGCCAGGAUACCAGCAGUCUGGUCACCAGCAGACAGAAAAUAAGCAGUCAGAUUACCAGCAGUCUGGGCACCAGCAAUCUGGCUAUCAGCAGCCAAGUUCCCAACAACCGGGAUACCAGCAGUCUGGAUUCCAGCAGACAGAAAAUAAGCAGUCGGAUUACCAGCAGCCAAGCCAUCUACAAAGUGAUCAACGAAGCAACCAAGAAAGCUCGCAGACAGAGCAUCCUCAAUCGGCGCAGCCUCCCCAGCCGUCGUACAACCCCCCAUCGGACAAGCCACGGAUUCCUCAGGGUUGGACGCCGCUGUUUGAUCAGGGCCAUCAACGGUGGUACUACGUCGAGCAGGCCACCGGUCGCACUCAGUGGGAGCCCCCUGUGCACCAAGAGAGUCGGGGUGAGCCGCCAGCCUACGGGGCCCAUUCCUCCACCGACCCCAAUGCCGGACAUGCCUCGGGCCCACCUCCUGGAUAUGGGUCCGGUCCGGCGGCGGGAUCCGGCGGCGAAGAGCAUAAAACCUCGAGCGGAGAUUCCAAGAAAGGUGGUGGUGCCGGCGGUAUUCUUCUGGGGGCCGCUGGUGGUCUCGCCGCGGGUGCCGCGGGUGCCGCCCUCAUCCACCACGUCCGUCACAGCGGCCAUGACAGCGACAGCGACAGUGAUCGCGAGACUCGGCGGAGCGAGUACGUGUCUCAGCAGCCCCAGUAUCAGCAGUACCAGCAGCACCAGCAGCACCAGCAGCCCAACGCUCCCCCCGCUGUUCUGCCCCCCACCGACGACGAUGGCAGCUCGGUCUCGUCUAGCGACCGCGAAGACGUCCAAGAUGCCCGCGAGCGCUACGAGGAGGCCCUUGCAAACGCCGAGGAUUCGGACGCCGGCAGCAGCGAGGCCGAGGAGCUCGAGGAGGCGCGGCAGGAGUACUAUGAGGAAUACGAGGAUACGUAUGAAGAUGAUGACGAUUAG